GCGUGGUGGGCGGGUCCUAGGGGCGUGGCUCCGGGAGCGGGGUAUAUCAGGCGGGACUCCGGCGCGCCCCCUCGCACUCGCGCGUUAGGAGGCUUGGGUGUGUGUGGCGCGCUGUCUUCCCGCCCGCGUCAGGGACCUGCCCGGCUCAGCGAGUGGGGAGGCCGUGAAGGCAAGGCAAACAUCUGUGGUGUGCACGGGCUGCCAUGGCGUCAGAUGAAGGCAAGCUUUUCGUGGGAGGGCUGAGCUUCGACACCAAUGAGCAGGCGCUGGAGCAGGUUUUCUCCAAGUAUGGGCAGAUCUCUGAAGUGGUGGUGGUAAAGGACAGAGAGACCCAGCGAUCCCGAGGCUUUGGGUUUGUCACCUUUGAGAACAUUGAUGACGCUAAGGACGCCAUGAUGGCUAUGAAUGGGAAGUCUGUGGAUGGGCGGCAGAUCCGAGUUGACCAGGCUGGCAAGUCUUCUGACAACCGGUCCCGAGGAUACCGGGGUGGCUCUGCUGGAGGCCGGGGCUUCUUCCGUGGGGGACGCAGUCGGGGCCGUGGGUUCUCCAGAGGAGGCGGGGACCGAGGCUAUGGAGGUGGCCGCUUUGAGUCCCGGAGUGGGGGCUACGGGGGCUCCAGAGACUACUAUGCCAGUCGGAGUCAGGGCGGCAGCUAUGGCUAUCGGAGCUCCGGCGGGUCCUACAGAGACAGCUAUGACAGUUACGCUACACACAACGAGUAAAAGCCCUCCGCGUCCAGAUCGUCCUUCCAUGGCUGUAAUUAAGAUGGGGGAGCUUCGCUGAACGUUGUGUAGUGAGCACCUUGUUCCCACUUUUGUAGUCCUUGCAGUUCUGACCCAUCGCAGCCUGCUUCUGACCCGAGAUGGCCUCGUGACUAGACUUCUUUUUAUGAAGCGCUGUCUGUUUUUAAGCGUUCUAAAAACGUUUUGGAAAGCACUUCAGAUUUUACUGUUUACCAUGAGCCAUGGGGUUUUGGUUUUUUUUCUAAAUUGUCGGGUUGUGUGGGUUUUGGUUACUUGUUUUUGUUUUUGUUUUUUCUGUGGCCGCCGUGAAGUGUGGCGCCCACCCCUCCUGAGAUGAAACGGACUUGAUUGGAGUGAGCCAUGGCUCCCCAGCUCCCAGCGCCACUGCGGGGCGCAGCAGGGCCCGCCCACGGCGCAGGCCGAGGCCGUGGGGACGCGCAGCAGUCCGGGAGGCUGUGGAAGUGUUUAUUUAUAUUGUCCUUUUUUACUGAAGACAUGCAUACUCCAUCGAUGUUGUAUUCACAGUGACUGAGGAAUUCUUGUACGCAGUUUCUUUGGCUUCACGAAGCCGAUUAAAAGACCGUGUGAAAUGAACCUCGCUCUGACCAUUUCCCUUUCAUUGCCGACACACUGAGCUGCGGCUCCGUGGCCAGCAGAGCAGCUAGGAAGGCAGGGCAGUGCGGGAGGUAGGGCGUGGGCAGUGCCGAGGGGCAGCGGGCAGCUGCGCCCCCUCCCCCCGCCCCAGGCAUUCUCUGCUAGCCUCCGAAGCCGCAGCCCUCGGGGGACAGACGCGAGCCAGACCCUCCGCGACUCCCGCUGCUCCCCCGCUAGCUCUGUGCAGCUGGCUGUGCCUCGAGGUAACACUUCGCUCGUGUUGCAUCCCUCCGGUUUAUAGCUCACUUGGACGGACACGUAGGCCUGGGUUGACCUCGGCGCCCUGAAGCCAGGCUGGCCCCUCCGUCCAGC